GCCAAUAUGAACGAGUUACUAACAGGCACUGGUGAGUUUUUCCACUUUAUUCAGUCCAUAUUUGUUCCGUGCACGAAUAAAAGCAGCCUUGGGGAGUGACUUUUAAGAGAAACUAAAAGCUAAAGGUUUCCCUCCCCACUCCUCUUUCCGCCUCAUCGUCCCCCCUCUGCAGCUGGUGUCUGCAGCUCUGUUGGAGAUAGUGAAGCAGGGAGCUGUGAUGUACUUCGGUCUGCUGGAGGACUUUAUUAGCACAGUGCUGGAAACAGCCCCUGAGCUGCUCACUGACUCAGAGAGAGUCCAGCUAAUCAUUGGCCUUCGUGCAAAGUCGGUGCUGGAGUUGUGCCGCAAUGAUACAUUUACCAACCAGCAGGCUUUUCAGCUUCAUUUGAACCAGUUUAACAGCUACAUCACAAAACAGGAUAAAGAGACUUCUAACCCUGAUGUCAAAGCUGCAGUAACAAACUUCCUAAGGCUUGUUCACACACUAAUGGAAGAUCAAUGUCAGAAGCACAACUUUUAUCAGAACAUCUUUCCAACAGUGUUUGGCCCUAAAUAUGACUCAGCUUUACAGGCUCUCAUGAAGAAAUUCCUUUUCAGUCUGCAGGAGCUUCUGCCUGUUCCUGACUUUGAACAAACUUCCCUUUGGAUCAGUCUCUCUCCUUCUAUCAUGAAAGAGUGUGUGGAUCUCAUGAGCCAGAUUAAACCGCUGAAAACUCUGAUUCAACAUCACAAACAUCAUGGGCGCGCCAUAGCACAAACUCCUUCCUCCUGUGAUGAUUGCAUCCUUUCCAGCCUGUCGUAUGACUUAGGAACUGAAGACGAUGAUAAGAUAGAUGUAGUCAUCAAAUCUGAACCUAUAUGUGACGCACAAGAAUGGCAGACAGUCAGCUUGCUGAGCAGUGAAUCAAAACCCAGUCAAGAAGAAGAUGUUAAGGUCUUACAUUCAGAAUCUGUGAGGAAUGUGGAAGAACAUGAACAGUGUCGUGGUGAUGAUCUAACAGAAGACCAGGGAGCUUCAGUUGAAGUAAUAGUUCCAUCUUUUGAAGGAAAUGAGUCGAAUGAUGACGAUGAAAUGGACAAAAAGUGGUUCAACCAUUUGAAAACUGACAGUGGGACAUCUGAUGAUGACUGCAGUCUUAUUUGUAAAGGCAGUCAUCAAGAAACAACAAACUCCAAGUGUUCCACAAGCUUAGCUCUUCUCACAAAACCACAUCCUUUAAAUAUAAUCAACAAGCCUUCCCCUUUGGAAAUGUCAAAAGUAGAACCCCCGUCAAUAUCUUCUGACUCAUUGCAUGAUCAAGCACAUGAAAGAGGGAGUUGUGUCAAACAGUGCUCCAUAUGUGGAAAGGUGUUUCCUUGUUCUGCUGACUUGAUGAGGCACACGCAGUGCCACCCCGAACAGAGUCCUUACCUGUGUUCUAACUGCGGUCCAAAGGAGCUUUCAAAGGAUAGUUCAACAAGCAGUGGAAAUAACAGGAAUCAGGAGCUAACAGUCAUUUCAAGUAAAAUCAGUGAGACCUCAAUGACUGCCAAUGCACCAACAGCCUUGAAGGCAUGUACAACAUUCCUUGCUUCUUCAGACUGUGGCCAGUAUUUCACUCACUUUAAGAGGUUUGAGGAGCACCAAAAAACAUGUUCAACGUCUCAACUAGAGGAGCAAAUCAGCACCAACUAUGUAAUUAUUAAUGGAUGUGAUUUCUUUUCAUUCAACAAGACCAAAGAGAACAAUGCUGGGCAAAGUUCUGAAACAAAGGGAAGCUGGACUACAACAACUCCAUCGAGUGAAACAAGUCAGACCCGGACAACUGCAGAUGUCCCUGCAGACUCAAAGGCAUGCAAACCAACACUUACAUGUCCAGAAUGUGGCCAACGUUUUACUUACUGCAAAAGUUUUGAGAAACACCUAAAAAAGUGUUCAGAAGAAGGUUCCCAAACAAAACAGCGAACCAGCACCAACCAUUUAAUUAUUAAGGGCUGUUAUGCCUCUUCAGUUGACAACACCUGUGAGAGCCAUACUCAGAAAAGAAUAGAAAGUAAAACUGAAGCAACUCUUUCUACUACAGACAAUGUAGAGGGCUCCAAGCAGAAAGCACAGGAUUUUAAAUGCACCAUUUGUGAGAAGAACUUUUCAAAAAUUGCUGUCAUGAAAAAACAUUACUCUGAGUCACAUAAAGUCAGAGGGUCAUACCCAUGUAUGAUGUGCAAGACAUCGUUUUUGAGAUUGUGUGAUUUGGUUCGACACCAACAGAACAAGAAGUUGUUCUUAUGCCCUAUCUGCAAUAAGGGUUAUAGACAGCCAGAAGAAAUAGAAAGACAUAAAAAAGUACAUUCUGCAAGUGUAAAACCAUGCAAAUGUGAAAUAUGUGGGAAAAGCUUCACAUCUCAUGCUCCUCUGAUCCGGCACAAGAGAAAGCACAGAGAACGACCACCUGUUAUCUGUACAUACUGUGGGAAACAGUUCAGUUCAAAGGACUACCUGAAAGCUCACAUGGUGAGGCACACAGAGGGUUACCCAUGCCCUGUGUGUGGGAAAAUAUUCUAUCAAAAAACAUACCUGAAAUAUCAUCUGUAUAAACACACAGGGCAAGAGCCAUACCUCUGUGACACGUGUGGGAAAGGCUGGCCCACUGCAGCACUGCUCAAGGUUCACAUGGUCAAACACAGAGAAGGACGGCCAUUAAAAUGUGAUGACUGUGGUGCAACCUACAAACGGGAAUCCAGUUUGAUCUCUCACAAGAGAUCCAAACAUGGUGGCAUGCGACCUUUUAUAUGUGAGGUUUGCAGCAAAGCCUUUAGAAUAAAGAGUCAGCUGAAAAAUCACAUGAUGGUCCACACUGGGGAACGACCCUACUCCUGUCAACAUUGUGGCAAAAAGUUUUCAAAAGGGUAUAACCUAAAGAAGCACAGAGAAAAGCCAUGUUUUUUAGCAAAACCUGAUAGUGAACUUGUAUCAGAUUAAAACUGUUUAUGACUCGUGCCAUACUAACUUCUACCACUACGGGCUGUUUGUAUAUGUUCUUUCAACUUUGUGUUUCUCUGUGAAUGACUGUCAUGAUUGAGCUACAGAUGUUACACCAUUAAAAAUAUUCUGCACAGUGUUAA